CAAACUGAAAGUAAUGAGUUAAACAUUAAUGAUAUAUAUACAUUAGUUAAUUCUAUGUUUGAUGAUUUUGAAGAAGAUAACGAUUCUCAAGAUGAAGAAAUCGAUCAACUUCCUGUUUUAAACUCAACUAACACUAUGGUAAAUAAUUUAGAAUUAGAAAUUAAAUCAUUUAUUGAUUUUAAUUCACAAAUUUUUGAAUUAUUCAAUA